UCCCAGGUCGUACGUUCCUGCGUACAACUGAUCGAUCAUGGCUGCGUCGUCAUCUACAUUGAUUGGGUUAGAGGGAGAGUCAGUCUCAGGCCUGUGCAUUGCGCCAGGCGGACUGUCUUUCUGUCCCUUCGACAUACGAGACUGCCGUUUUGAUGGAGUUCUGGCGGCGGGGAUCUGGAGUAUCAUCUCUUGCCGGCCGCGUCGGGCUCCUCGUCGGUUCGUCAGGCGACGGGUUUGGGGAGGUGGAGAUGAUGGGGGAGACAGUGGUUUUGGGUUCGACCC